AGCUCGCAUUAACGCCGUCGUGACUACCAGUGGCGAAACAGUAAAGAGCACCGACCAUGACCGUGACGUACACGGCUGAAGUAGCCACAUCCAAGGGUUUCGGAUGCUUCUGGAGGUUGCUUCUCAGGUGGCGGGGCAGCAUCUACAAGCUAGUGUGGCCGGACCUAUGCGUCUAUUUGAUCGCUUACUACGUGCUCAAUCUCCUCUACAGGUUUGCGCUCAGCGAUGACAACAAAUUGUUCUUCGAGCAGGUGUGCGUCUAUUGCGGCAACUUCGCCGACCUGAUCCCGGUGUCGUUCGUGCUUGGGUUCUACGUGUCGGUGGUGGUCAAGCGGUGGUGGGACUGCUUCUCCGCCAUCCCGUGGCCCGACUCGCUAGCUUUCUUCGUCAGCACCUUCUUGCACGGACAGGUACACACGACUCGCUUUGAUCUCGAGCAGCAUCGCUUCCUGCAUCUUCUUCGUGCUUACCAAGUCGCCGGCUGCCUGCGCACCGCCUUUGCCUGCCCUAUUUCGCUACUGCUUCUCAAAGCCCUGGCUUCUCCAUACCGCUGCCUGCGUCCUUGUGCUUGCAGAAUGCACGCUCCUAUGGCUCAUGGUGACAAGAAAUGUGCCCUCAGUGCUUCCACAAUGACGUCUUUGCUGAUGCCAGUGACGACACUGGCGGUGUACACGUUCUUCCUGGCGACGUUGUUCGGCAGUCAGUGCCUGAACCCGGAGGCUGGCUACAAGGGACACGAGAUCGACCUGUACGUGCCCAUAUUCAACUUCCUCCGAUUCUCCUUCUACAUGGGCUGGCUCAAGGUAGCGGAGACCCUGGUGAAUCCCUUUGGCGAAGAUGACGACGACUUCGAGAUGAACUACGUCAUCGACCGAAACGUUCAGGUAUCGUACCUUGUGGUGGACGAGAUGCACCAGAACCACCCGGAGCUGCUCAAGGACCAGUACUGGAACGAAGUGCUCGCGCCCGAACUUCCCUACACGCUUGCAUCGAGCCGAUUCUACUGCUUUCCCCACCAGGGCUCUACCGCGUGCAUGAUAAUUCCACCCGGGCAGGCAAGCGUGGUGUCCCGGGACAAGCUGGCGGGGACGCCCCAAAGAAUCGACAAGCAUCAGGGCCCCGAGGACGAAGACAGCCGUUCUACGUUGCGGGGCCGGCCCGUGCCGAAACCGGGCGUCGCAUCUCGUCGUGGCAGCUCGACCUGGCGAUGGCCGGCCGCGCCGAGCUGGGCCGGAAGGCUGAGCAGGCUCGUCGGCAGGAGAGACUCGUCCGCCACACGGGCCUCCGAGGUGACCUCUAUGCGGAGUGACGAAGAGAGCGUCCGGAGGACCAACAGGAGGCCGCCCUUCUCGCCAGAAACAGGCUCGGUCAACAGCCGGACAUCUACGGCGCCCGCUUCGCCGCGGCCCUUGUCAGCUGAUCAGGAAGAGGACAUAUUUCGUCUGUCGGACCUCUUCUUGGCAGGCUCCCGAGCUCAAUCGGCACCGACGGAGGCUUCCCGGCAUGCCUCACGAGGGGGUUCAACCACUGGUGUCAGUCCUGGCCUGAACGAGGCCCACGACUUGUCCAGCGGCAACGAGGGAAACAUAUCUCGGUCUUCGUCGACUGAACCGUCCACGGUGCUCUACAUGGAUGCCGGUUCAUCGGCUGACGAAGGAGCGGAGCACAGCGAUCUCGAGGAGGACCCGCGGACUCCUUUCGCCGGCACACCUCUGAAUGAAAACGCGAAUCGGCUGUCUUCCAGCCUCACGUCGAAGUCGUUGUCCAAGGCGGUGCCCAUUCCGUCCUCCGGCGCUAAGCGUUCUCACGACCACGGCGUGUACGCUGCCACACACAGCGGAAGAGACAACAUUCGAUCGGGCCGCACCAAGCAUUCGGCCUCCGUGGACCACACGUUAAUGCCCGGUGAUACACAGAAACUCAAGAAGAGGCUCAGGCAGUCGUCGGCCGAAGGGCCUGUCACCCCGUUUGCCAGGGAGCGCACACAAGAUCGGCAGGAGUAUCGCGUCGUAGGCAGCGACGUUUAACGCGUUAUUGCUCGUUUGUAGUCGAGGAUAGCUCUUUGAAAGGAAGGUCUUCAUUUAUGACAGCUUUUACUGCGAACAGCGGCCAUCGCCUAUAAGAAGGGUCCAUCAUGCUCUAGUUGUAAUAAGUCGGGACAGCUGGUUUCGAAUGACAUUCUUGUUUAUUAGCGCGAAAAUUGGUUUUCGACUAAAGGACUAAUGCUAGAUUUGCAACAUCCUGUAUCAACAUCUGACUCGCGAUGUUAAAACAGGAUCGACGCGACUAAGCAUGAGCAGAGGCGUCCGUUACGGGUGUGCUGGGAAAGCGCUCCACCCCCGCCCCGUUCACCUUUGUCGCAUGCUCAGCAGCUCUCUUAGCAGCUGCAUUGUGUUCAAGACAGGUCUGCAAUGAUCCUUGCUUAGCAAUUGUCCUUGUUAUUGCUUAGCGCCGCGGAGAGUGUUACGAAGCUUAUCACCGGCUGCUUUAGAUCCUGUCAAAGCAUAUCGAUUACCGAGAGUAAGUGCUUAUAGUGAAGAUAUAUUGUGGACAAGGAUGAAGGGGACGUAAAAGAGUGGCGCUACCUUAGCACUACAUGGGGACUCUUGCGUGCGUUUGCUGCUCAGUGCAACGUGGAUGCUUCUUGAGGUUGCGGCGAGUUCUUUCAAAGAACUGGGAGCGCGGGACCAAGGACAACGGACGAGGGACAACCGCGCAACACGAAGUAUGAUAUUCUGACAAGCGCCUUGACGUGCGAUUGACAUGAUAAUCGUUUUGACAGGCGCAUUUUGUGAAUGAAUGUGUUCUUCGAACGAGUAAUGAAAGCAGUUGUUAGUGAGCGUUCGUGUUGCGCGGUUUUCCUCGAAAAUGAAUUACCAAUUAUCCCACCUAUCCAUCUUAUUGCGGGGAGUCUUACAGCAUUGCGCAGGAAUGCAGAUGGCACUGCAGUUCUUUCAGAGAUUUUGAUGGAGGACGCAGGCUCUCUAGGUCUCACGGGAGUCUCUAAACGCAUUCCUAAAUCUGGAGGCUAUAACGACUAGUAGCAGGAAUUGAGGGAAUGGAGGCAAUUAACUUGUGCAAAUAGUAUAUUUGGUCACUUCAGUAGGUACUGUGUCAUGGGUCGUCAUAUAAUGUGGCUGACAUGUUUUCAUCAUCGUCGUCAGUCUGAAUACGCCCACUGCAAGCCAAAGGCCUCUCCCAUAUUUCUCCAGUUUACCCGGUCCUUUGCGAACUGUGGCCCCGGUGUGCCCGCACUCUUCUUAAUCUCAUGAACCCACAUAACUUUCUGCUAUCCAUUGCCACGUUGUUUUUUCUUCGAAUCCAGCCCUUACUGACUGUCGCUUACCUGCCUUUUAAUUACAUGUCGUGCCCAUGCCCAUUUCUUCUUUUUGAUUACGACUAAUAUGUCAUUAACCCGCGCUGCUUCUCUGACCCACUCUGCUCUCUACCCUCCCCUUAACGUUCAGCUAUCAUUUUCCUUUCUAUGAUUCUGUGUUGUCCUCAGUGUAAAUCGGUGACGUGUUCUUUUUAUUUUGGGAUGUGUAUUUCUCACGUCGAAUUUGUAAGCGUUGGUGUACGCCAUUGCAGAAUCACAAGCUUUCCGGGGUCCAUCAUACCAUCCCCAAGAAGGAAAGCCUAUACAGUUUGUUAAAAAGCAAAUGAACUGCCAGAGAGAACAGCAUACUAAUUUCAAAGGGAAUAGCAAAUUAGUGUUUAGGCACCGAUAAGGCUUCUCAUUCAGAUAGUUUUGUUCAAAUAAAACAGUAGGACUCCAUAUUUUCAGGCAGUCACGGACUCGAUACUAGCUGAAAGCUUUCAUUCGUCAUCGUUGCUGUUAUUGUCAUAUCGAGUAGGGCUUUUAAUUGCGAAGUCCUGGUGUGCAUACAGCGUACGCACCAUAAUUUAAAGCGUAUAGAUCGCUAUCCAGGCCCCUGCUUUACUUUUACUGCACUUGUUGGUCAUUUGUAAGUGCCAGGUGUGUGGAGCAAGAAAAAAAAAAGCCCGCAAGCCGUCCUGAUA